GAGCAGGCCAGCCUGUGUGUGUGACAGUUGAGGGGCCCGUCACGCCCCGUCACUGCUCCUCUGGGCACCUCACAAGUGUCACCGUGUCACAUGAGGCGUGUCGGUCCUCACUACUCAUCAAUCACCAAGUAGAAAGUCAACUUCCGGUUGACACAACCUUAUAAUGUCUGUUCAGUGAAGACGCGACCCAACAGUGAUUUAAUAUACGCACCAUUAAUAUAGAACCAUUAUUUGUGUUAAAUAUAUAAUAUAUAUAUAUAUAUAUAAUAUAAUUUGUGAAGUGAGGAGGACGGAAGUUGGAGAGUAGUCACCCGCUGCUCAGGUUCUUCAGCUCUCAGAAUCGUGAGGAGGGCCUCGAACCGACGAGAGUCGUAUCACACGGCGACAUGAUGACUGCUGAGCCAAGACCUGUCUAGGCGGAGGGUGUGCGUCGUGGUCAGUCACACCUCGCUCCAGCGACCCCUCUGCCACACUGUGAGGAGCUGCUGUCUGUGUACACACCUGCCUCCCCUGGGAGUGUGGCACGGAGCUGGGACAGUGGGAGAGGUGCGACGGAGAGAGAGAGGGCCCACACGCCAGCCAUGGCCAACAGGGAGAUAAACAUACGCAUCCCCAUCCCUAAUUUCAACGCCAUCUGUUGCUGCGCUGGCGAAAAGACAGAAUUCAUGGCGGCCAUCCGGAAAAAGCUGGUGAUAGUCGGGGAUGGUGCAUGUGGUAAGACAUGCCUCCUUAUAGUAUUCUCAAAGGACCAGUUUCCAGAGGUCUAUGUGCCAACAGUAUUUGAAAACUAUGUAGCUGACAUAGAAGUUGAUGGAAAACAGAAACCAUUACAGGUGGAGUUGGCCCUAUGGGACACAGCAGGUCAAGAGGACUACGACAGACUUCGUCCUCUCUCUUAUCCAGACACAGAUGUCAUACUAAUGUGCUUCUCCAUUGAUUCACCAGACUCCUUAGAAAAUAUACCAGAAAAAUGGACUCCAGAAGUCAAACAUUUUUGUCCAAAUGUCCCAAUUAUUCUAGUAGGAAACAAAAAGGAUCUACGAAAUGAUGCCACAACUAUUAAAGAGCUGCAGAAGAUGAAGCAAGAGCCUGUGAAACCUGAGGAGGGACGCAACAUGGCUGAGAAAAUCAACGCCUUUGCUUACUUGGAGUGCUCUGCCAAGACUAAGGAAGGAGUUCGAGAAGUGUUUGAAACUGCUACCAAGGCCGCACUCUCUGUUAGGAUUAAGAAGAAGACUAAAUGCACUCUUUUGUAAAGAUUAUUAGUGAUGAAAUGAGAAAGGAGUGUACAACGCAGUCUGCCAGAGUGUCAUUUGUAGGCCAAUGCUGGUACUGGCUCUCCUCGCCUCACCUUCCUUUAUUGUGCCUUGGCUUGGUCAGUCUUCCUGGGAUCCAGAGUGACCAACGGCCAUGUGCAGUUUUCUCCCAUUCGGUUGCACAACAUCUGCAUGCCAGGUCGGCAGCAUAACAAUAUUACUGUAUUGACAGUUUAGAAGUGGAAGUCCCCACGAUUUAAGAGUUCAGUUUUUACUUAGUUCUGGGAAUCUUGAACACCUUGGAAAGCAGAUAAUAAUAAUGUAAAUUAUAUUAAAAUUAGUUAUUGCUAUUCCUUGUGUGUUCAUUAUCCAGUAAAGGGAUCAGGUCGAGGAGAGGGCGUUUCAGUCCAGACAAGAAAUUACGAAACUUUAGUACACAAACUGGUUUUGUUUAUACGUAUAUGGAUGGGGGGAGAAAUACCACCCCAGGUGUAUAGUUAAGAGCAACAUAAAUAUAUAUAUCAUGUCUGCAUAGAGCAUUCAUUGGUUGCUUCACACAACCGUGACCAACCCAUAUGGUUUAUAGAGUAAGCUGCCACCUUGUGCCAAUGAGCACAGUAAAUGAUAUUGUAAAUGCGGCAUAGUCUGAGAACUAGAGUUGUGGCGUCUUUGUGUGUCACUUCAAUUGAUGAUGUUGGGCGGGGGUUUCCAGGUGGGUUGGAUGCAAAGAUGUUCAUUACUUAUUGCGAUGAUAGAUAUUGCACAGACUUGAUGUAAUAUCUAUUCAUUAUUUAGAGUAAAGCUUUUGUAUAAUGAAUUAGGCUCUUAUAUAUAGGGUAUGGGCCAGCUAAAUCUAGACUGCGUUGGACUAGCAAAAUUGAUCGUGGUGUCCCAUUGAUAAUACUUAUUACUACUGUAUAAUUAUUUGUUAAUAUAAGUUGUUCUUGUACUCUUUUUGUUCUAGUAUAUCACUUUUUUCAUAUACAGUAGUCAAAAGAUGAAAUGUAAUUCAAGCUUAUUAUUGACUUAAAUAUUUGACAUAUUUUGUAGAGAAAUUUCCUUUCCUAGCUGCAUAAAUGACCUGUUUGGUGAGCGCAGCAUGACCAAUACCAAGUGAGUGUUUCUUCUUCAUUUGGUGAACUAGACAAGUGGCUCCACCAGUAAGUCGUGUUUAGAGCAGUGUCCUUGAAGUGCAUGAAUCAUCUGCCAAGAAAGGAAAUACUUUUUGCCAUGUGUAGUUAGAUUUUCUACUUGGAAAUUAUUUUGAAUUAUACAGACUGCUUUCUCUUUGAACAUCAACCAAAAUUAUCAAGCUCUUGACUGUUAAUAGAUAAAAUACAUCACAUAAGAUUCAGUGUUUCGUAUUCUAAGUGUGUUUUUUAUAUUGAUUUGUAUGUAUGUACGUAAGGUUGCUUGAACCAGGUGUCCCAGGAACUUGCAGCUUGAAAGUAUGUACCAGCUAUAAAAGGAAAUUUGCUUGGUAAGGCAUCUACAGGCCACUGAGUAUACUUGUCGCCUCUUUCACGCCUCAAAGAUUUCAUGCCGAAUGCUCAGUAACUGACAACAUUUGAUUUUGUUUUCCAGUAGCCAACUUUAGGGGCUUUCUAGCGUCUAUUGCUAAAGCUGAUGACCUAUUUUAACAAGGUGCGUAUGUCACAACAAAUUAAAUACAGGUAUAAAAAUGUUCCCUCAAGUUUUCAGUGGCUUGUAGAGUUUCAACCAUUUAUUGCAAAGUGUUAGCUGAAUUGCUUUUCAUGUGUAUUUGAUGCUAAAAUAUCUUUAAAAUUAACUAUAUCAGUUUAUUAAUGAAUAGCUCUUACAUCAAUGUACAGCCUGUGUACAUGUUCAGUUUACUCUUUUGUAAUAAAUAUGUAUCCUUUUA